UUUUUCUGUGCUGCCGGAUAACUUUCCACUAACAACAUGGCUUUUACCAACGAUCAGACCGCACUGGAGCUUGACGAAGUGUCAGAAGAUGGGGAGAUGAUAGUUUCUGAAGAAAUGGAGCAGAGAGAGUUGUAUGGAACGCUGCAAGAAAAUGUUCCCAGCCUUAACACAGCAGGGGAGGUUGAAUUUAAUCAGAACUCGGAAUCCUUAUAUUUCAACGAUGAUCAAAGACGUAUUGAUUAUGUUUUAGUAUAUGAAGAUGAGACCUUGAAAGAACAGGCAAAGAUCACAAAGAAAAAUGUUUAUUUGAAGCAGCAGAAAAAGCGACAAGCUUAUGAGUCAAAUCUCAUGAGAAAUGGUUUACAGCUGGAAGCCACCAGAUCUGUGGCCGGUGAGGGAUUGGUGUUUGUAAAGGUGCAUGCACCAUGGGAAGUCCUGUGUACCUACGCAGAAGUGAUGCACAUCAAGCUACCUAUACAACCAAAUGAUCUAAGGCAACGACGUUCAGCUUUUAACUUGUUCACAAGAAUCUUUCGCGUGAGUGAAGAUGUGAUAAAACCAGAACAGGAAUUCUUCACAGCCCCCUUUGAAAAGGAUCGUGUAGAUGAUUUUUAUGUCCGGGACAGAGAAGCCUUUUUCACGCCAGCAACCAGAAGUCGCAUUGUCCACUUUAUACUCUCUCGGGUUGAAUAUGCGGUGAAGGAAAAUGUGAAAAAAUUUGGCAUUAACAAACUUUUGGAUUCCAAUAUUUAUAAGGCAGCAUUUCCUCUUCAUGAUUGUAGAUUUAAUGUCAAGUCAGAGGAUGCAAGAUGCCCCAACGAAAGAUACCUGCUGUACAGAGAAUGGGCUCACCCACUUAGCUUUUACAAGCUGCAGCCUUUAGAUCUUGUAAGAAAAUACUACGGUGAAAAAAUUGGAAUCUAUUUUGCCUGGCUGGGUUUCUAUACCCGCAUGUUGAUCCUGGCAGCAAUAGUGGGACUUGCAUGUUUCUUGUAUGGCUAUAAAUCUCAGGAAUCCUGCACCUGGAGCAAAGAAGUUUGUGACCCAGACAUUGGAGGAAAUAUCAUAAUGUGUCCACAGUGUGACAAAGAGUGUACAUACUGGCACCUUAACAUCACCUGUAGUUCUUCAAAGACACUAUGCAUUUUUGACAGUUUUGGCACACUUGUGUUUGCAGUCUUCAUGGGAAUAUGGGUUACCUUAUUUCUUGAGUUCUGGAAGCGACGACAAGCUGAGCUUGAGUAUGAAUGGGACACAGUUGAGUUUUUAGAACAAGAAGAACAGCCUCGUCCUGAAUAUGAAGCAAAAUGUACUCAUGUAGUUGUGAAUCCAAUUACUCAGCAAGAAGAACACGUGCCUUACACAGCCUGUGGAAAAUGUCUGAGGAUGGCCCUCUGCACAAGUGCAGUGUUUUUCUGGAUCAUGUUGAUCGUGGCAUCAGUAGUUGGAAUUAUUGUGUAUCGACUUUCUGUAUUUCUGGUAUUUUCUGCAACGUUACCAAGAAACAUUAUUGGAAAAGAAGCCAUCCAGAAAUACCUGACUCCACAGGCAGCCACCACUGUCACAGCAUCAAUUAUCAGCUUCAUCAUUAUCAUGCUGCUAAAUAUGCUGUACGAGAAAGUUGCAAUAAUGAUCACAGACUUCGAACUUCCAAGGACAAAGACAGAGUAUGAAAACAGCCUUACCACCAAGAUGUUUCUAUUCCAGUUUGUGAACUACUACUCUUCUUGUUUCUACAUUGCCUUCUUUAAGGGGAAAUUUGUAGGCUACCCUGGAGAUCCAGUGUAUUGGUUUGGAAGAUACCGUAAUGAGGAGUGUGACCCCGGUGGAUGUCUUCUGGAGCUUACAACACAACUGACAAUUAUAAUGGGAGGGAAAGCUAUAUGGAAUAACAUUCAGGAAAUUCUUGUACCCUGGAUAAAAAAUCUCAUUGCACGAUUUCGCUCUUCGGGAAUAGAAACAAUUAAGCCAAGAUGGGAACAAGACUACCAUUUACAACCUCUUGGAAAAUUGGGAUUGUUCUAUGAAUAUCUUGAGAUGGUGAUUCAGUUUGGAUUUGUCACCCUGUUUGUGGCAUCGUUUCCACUUGCACCUCUUUUGGCACUUGUGAAUAAUUUAUUAGAAAUUCGGGUUGAUGCCUGGAAGCUCACCACCCAGUUCAGGCGUAUGGUAACAGGAAAAGCACAACACAUUGGAGCCUGGCAGCCAAUCAUGCAAGGAGUAGCCAUACUUGCUGUGGUGACCAAUGCUAUGAUCAUUGCCUUUACAUCUGACAUGAUACCACGUUUGGUCUAUUACUGGUCCUUUUCUGUACCACCCUAUGGCAUGCAUUCAUCUAACACUAUGGAAGGAUACAUUAAUAACACUCUUUCAGUGUUCAGCAUAUCAGAUUUCAAGAAUGAAAGCAGACCGGUUCCUCCGUUAUGGUUUGGCACCCAAACUACAUGCAGAUACCGUGAUUUCCGAUAUCCACCCGGCCAUGAUCAUCAGUAUGAGUACAGCAUGCUAUACUGGCAUGUUAUAGCAGCCAAACUCUCUUUUCUCAUUGUAAUGGAGCAUAUUGUUUACUUCGUCAAGUUUAUUAUAUCGUACCUUAUCCCGGACACAUCUGAAGAAACCAAAGACAAAAUCAAGAGAGAGAAGUACCUCACACAAAAGCUUUUACAUGAGAGACAUCUGAAACUUGUGAAAAAACAAAUGGGAAAUUUGGCUGACAAAAUGUUUAAAGGAGUGGACAACUUUGGUCUCAAAAAGUCUGACUAGACUCCCAUAGGUUCUGUAUAGGUAUGUGUAUGGACAUUCACCUA